GUAUAAAUACAGCCUCUUGCUGAAAAUCAAGCACCUUGAGGAAGUUUAGCAACAGAAUAGGAAGAGCUUGGAUAGAGCCUGCAAUAAAUUGGAUUCUGAUCUACUUCUUCCAAGAUACCAAGGCUAAAUACCUAUCAUGCUGGAUCUAUAUACAGCCGUGCUUGGGCUUUUGAUUCUUCUGCCCAUGGUGGGCAGAUUUUUCUUUCCUUAUUUUUGGUUGGAUCUGAAAAACAUUAUUGCCUACCUAGUAGUGGGAUAUCGAUGCCACAGAUACAUGCAGAGCACUCCCCCUAUCACUCUCCUAGAAAUAUUUUUGGCCAAAGUUAAGAAGUAUUCAAACAAACCCUUGAUUCUCUUUGAAGAUGAGGUUUAUUCCUACCAAGACAUUGAUAGAUACAGCAAUCAGAUAGCCAGAGUAUUGAAGGACUAUGUCGGGCUGAAAGAAGAGGACACCAUUGCUGUUUUCUUCAAGACCAGCCCUUCCUAUCUCUCAGUUUUUAUCGGCUUAUCAAAGAUUGGCUGUACCAUGGCAUGUAUCAAUUAUAACAUACGACUCAAAUCUCUAAUACAUGCUCUGAAAACUUGCAAGGCUAAAGUUCUUCUAUCAACUCCAGAUUUAAAAGAUGCCAUUGAAGAUGUCCUGCCUACUUUAAAUGAUGAAGGGAUAUGUGUUUUCUAUCUGAGUGAUGAUUCCCCAACUGAAGGCGUAGAGCCACUACUCAAACAGAUCAAAUUAAGUUCUGCUGAAUCAGUGCCAUUUUCCUUCAGAGCCAAUGUAACAGCUAAAUCUGUAUGUCUAUAUAUUUUCACCUCUGGGACCACAGGACUCCCCAAAGCUGCUACCAUUUCCCAGAAGAAAGCAAUAAUGGGGUCCCAUCUGUUUUACCUGUCCGGUGUCCAUAACAAAGAUGUUGUUUAUUGUCCACUUCCUCUGUACCACUCAGCUGGAUUCCUUGGGCUUGUGGCAACCAUAAACAGGGGUAGGCACAAAAGACCAGGGACCUUAUUGUCAAUUAUCCCAUUCUGGUUUGUUCCAGGGCAUGAAGGAAAGAUUGGGAUGGCAGCUAUACGGCUGAAGGAUGGGUGCCCAUUUGAUGGAAAGAAACUGUUCAUACAUACCAAGGAUUAUCUGCCUAGCUAUGCCAUACCCCGCUUCAUUCGUAUCCAGGAAAAGCUGGAGAUCACAGGAACUUUCAAGCAGUGCAAAACUCAGCUGGUGAGUGAUGGAUUCAAUCCUGCCACCAUCAGUGAUCCCCUUUUCUUCCUGGAUGACUCAGAGAAGAACUACAUACCCUUGACUGAGGAGAUCUACUGCUCCAUUUUAGAAAAUAAAAGAAAACUCUGAAGGAAAAUUCAAAGAGGAGCUUAGCAGUGUUACUUGAACAGCUUUAGAAGUGGCAAGAUCUCUGAUUGCAGCCAUUCAUGUUUUGAUUUUGCUCAAGAAGGAAAGAUAUAGGGCCAGAAUAUUAAUUCUUCUUAAUGUAUUUGUAUAUUCUUGAGACAUCUGUUUAAUCCAGUAGCUGGGAAAUUUUUGGAAAUAAUAAUAAAAUGUUGCCAUUUUCUCUUGCCACAAGAAACAUUUACUUUGGAGUGAAGCUUAUUCUCAAGAAAGUAUUUGGGAAGGUUAACUCUUUUCCUUCAGCACCAUUCCAAAUCCUGCUUUGUAUCCAAUGUGGGAGAAGUUAUAUCAAAGGAGGCUCAAAACAUCAAUAUAUUAUUAAAGUUCACAUCAAUACAUGUUCAUGCACAUGUCUAACAUUCCCUCCUCCUCAAAAGCACUCAUUUCUAAACUCAGGUCCUGUCAAAAUACCCCUUUGUAUAUUAUUAUUUUAAAAUAUAUUUUAAUAUCAAUGUAAUCUAGCAACCAAUCUUGGACAAGAGAGGCCUGGAUUCAAAUUACCAUUUGAGCUGUAUGCUCACUGGAUGAACUGGGCCACUUUUUCUCACCUUAAUCGAUCUCAUAAGCCUGCAAUUAAAUGGGUAAAAUAUGGGAGGACCCUCAUCACACUUUUGUAUCCCAUCUCAAGGAGGGAAAAAAGGGAUAUUGUAAUCUUCACCUUGACAAACAAGAUCAAAACAGCCACUUCCACAAAUAUUUUAGAUUUUUUUAAAAAGUGAGAACUAUAUUGCAACAACCAGAGAAACAUGAUACUCAAAGCACAACUGUAGUGUGCUUUCAUGCUUUUCUGCUCAUCCAUCUGAGAAGUAUAAAUCUGUUUCAAAUUCAAUCUGAAGUUCAAAUUGAAUAAAACUCAGGAGCAUUCCUAGUUAGAAGUACCUCUUAUGGGCAGCCUAAGCCUAUAAGAGAUACUCUGAUGCUUUCUAGAAGUGAUGGGAGAAAUUCUCCCAGAACUCCUAAAAGGAGAUACCAUUGGAGUUUGUGCUAUAAAUUAAGAGAUGUAGAUCUAUUUUUUGUAAUCUAAUCUAAGAUUUUGACAAUGCACAUCUAUUCUUUCUGUUCAGACUUCAAUGGAAACAAUAGACAUAUAAAUAUAAUUUUAUCAUCCUGAGAGAAUAAUAUUCAUAAUUCCAACAGCAAUUAUGUGAAGAGAAUAUUUGAUCAUGAAAUCAAUUUGGUAAAUCAAUAUGUUAAUCAUUUAUUAACAUAAAAUAAUUUAUUUCCUGCUUCUUCUAUUUUUGAAACUAUUGUACAGGGGAUGGUCAUCAUAUAGACAGAGCUGAGCAAACAGUAGAUUGUAGCUGUGAUCAUAAUUGCAAUUGAACAGCCAUAACCAUUUACAUAGGCAUUUAUCAAAAACUUACAUUUCUUGAAAAGGGAAAUGGGGGGGGGGCAGAUAUUCUGAGAACCUUUCAAAUUCUUCAUCUUGAAAACCGAAUUAAUACUUUGCCAAAGUAUUGAUCAUGUUAUAAGGAAUAACUUGGGAUAAAGAUAAUUUACCCAGUAUCAGACAAUAAACUUGAGGAUAAGCAAACUUGAGGGUAAGCAGCGAUUUGAACUCUAGGGUAGGCCUACUUUAACAUUUAU